AUGGCGGAAGCCGGGCGGCCGCGGCGCUCCUACUUGCGGCCCGCUCCGGUUCCGGUCUGCGGUUUACGGUUCUGGUUGUGGUUCCGGUUCCGGGCGGCGCGCACGGCCGCCGCGACGUAUCCAACGGACUCACGCGGGCUCCGCGGCCGCCAACCGGAAACGGAAACGCUCCCGGCAUGCACCGGCGGGAGGGAACGGCGCCUCCCGGCAUGCCCCGCGCGCCGCCGCGGGACCACGCCCCCCACACCGCUUGGGAGGGGGGCGUGCCGCGUUGUCAUAGCGACCGUGUCCCGGCAUGCAACGGGCGCGCGCGGUGCCUCCGGACUACAGUUCCCGUCGUGCCCCGCGGCGGCGGGCGGCACGUUAGAGACCCCGGGGCUGGAGGCAGGACCCAAAAUGGGGGGCGACGCGGGGCACCGGGCCUUGCUGGCCGUGCUGCUGUGGGUCCCCUUCCUCGCGGCGGCAGCGGGGGACCGGCCGGAGGACGGCCAGGACGGUUUCCAGGGCCGCGCCACCGCCGCCGCCGAUGACCUGCUGUCGCGGCUGGGCCGAGCCGCCUGGGAGGCCCUGGAGAGCUGGGUGGGCCCCCAGCCCCUGCGCCUGGUGGUGGAGAGCCUCGCCGCCACCCUCUGGGUCGUGUCCUCAGGGAUCUCGGCGGCCUUGACCACGCUCUGCAGGAUCCUGGGGGAUCUCCUGGCCGUGUCCGGCGUCAGCGGGGACCGGUUGGUGCGUGCGGCGGCGCUGGGUCCCCGCGAGGUGCAACGGGUGCUGCUGUGGGGGCUGGUGGCCCUGGUGGGCUCCUGGCUACUGUCACGGCUACGGGGGCUGCUGCUGCCCGCGCUCCACUGGGUGAAACUCUGCUGCUUCCUGGGUGCCUUCCUCCACGUCGCGGCCUCCCAGGAGAGCCCCACGGUGCAGGCGGGGAUGCUGCUGGGGCUGUGGGUGCUCUACGCCCUCCUGGGGCGCCUGGCGGGGCCCCCCAGCCCCAUCACCCAGCUGGAUACCGCCGUGCGCAGCCUGGAGUGGAAGGUGGAAGAACUGCGACGACGGCAAAAGUGGGGGGGCCCCCGUAACCGGGAGGAGUGAGCCCCCCCACACCCCCAACGGUGGACAGCCCGUCCCGCUGCACUGGCCCCAGCGCACCCCGUUGGCUUGGCUCCGUACCCCCAAGCAUGCGCCUUCCCCCGCUGAGCCCGCACGGCCCUUCCUCUGCCCCCCAAUGCUUCCCCACUUCUCCCUGGGGGCUUUGCUCCCGUUAGCCCCCCGUCCCAGGGGUGGACACCAGCCCAGGAGCCCCCCCCGUCCCGCUGGGGGCACAGAGGAAGGGCCCCCCCCCUCAGUGCGGCACCCCCAAAACUGGGGUCCCGCUCCCUGCGCACACGCCACAGUGCCUUCGCACGAGCCAAGAGUGCCUUCCCCCGGGGAGGGGGCGGGGGUCCUCCUAUGGCCCUGGAGGCCCCCCUGUGCCCCCCCGAACCCCAAAUCCAGGCCCGCCACGGAGGGGAGGACAGGACAGCACCCUGAUCCCCACUCGCCCGGCCUGGCGGCGGUUGUGCCGGCUCUGCCAGCGGCUGGGCACACGGUGGGGAACCCGCUCCCUGCCCGGGGCGCCUCCCCAGCCCAAAACGGGGGCUCUGCUUGCACGGGGGGGGGUCACAGCCCCCCUCGGGGCCGGCAGCCGGGCCCUGCGCUCUUGGUCCUUGGAUUUUAAGCUGCUUUUUAAAUGGUUUUGAUAAGUGUUUCUGAAUAAACGUGGUUUCAUCCC